CCAUCACAAUGCCCGCACCAUUGAAGGAACGCAAGGCCGCUACAGACCCCACCAAGGUCUUCCACUACACAGACCUGCAGCGCAAGAAGCCUACCCGAGAGAAUGAUCCUUACACGUACAUGCACGGCUGGAACAACAGACACCAGUCUGAGGUUAUCCCUGGUACCUUGCCAGUAGCUCAGAACAAUCCGCAGGAGGUCCGCUUCGGCCUGUACACCGAGGGCAUCACGUACAGUGCAUUCGCCGCGCCGCGUGCCCAUAACUACAGCACCUACAUGUACCGCGCGCGACCUGCAGCAGCUCACACUGACAUUGUCCANGAUGGCUACAAGAAGAUCGAAUCCAAGGCACACAUCCAGAACUGCUUCCUCUCCCUCAACCCCGAAGUCGAGACCCUACCCGAACAAGCAGAAUGGGGACCUUUCCCUCUGCCCGAGGACUCGGAAAAGAUAGACUUUGUCGAUGGCCUACACACUCUGGGUGGCUCUGGUGAUCCCAACUUGAGAGAGGGCAUGGCUCUGUACGUCUAUGCCAUCAAUGCAUCCAUGGAGAAGAGAGCAUUCUGUAACACAGACGGUGACUUCCUCAUCUGCGCUCAACAGGGAAACCUGGACAUCCAGACUGAGUUUGGAAUGAUUUUCUUGCAGCCUGGAGAAAUUUGUGUCAUCCAGAGAGGUGUGAGGUUCAGAAUUGCUCUUGGCCCUGGAGUGCAAAAGGCUAGAGGAUAUAUCACAGAGGUGUGGGGUAGUAUGUGGGAGUUGCCUGAUCUGGGUCCUCUGGGUGGUCAUGGUCUUGCCAACCCUAGAGAUUUCUUGUACCCUGUUGCUCACAUUGAUGAAGAGCUGAGUGGAGACUGGGAGAUUGUCAACAAGAACAAUGGAAAAUACAACUGCCUGGAGCAGGACCACAGCCCCUUUGACUUGGUCGCAUGGCAUGGCAAUGUCGUUCCCUACAAGGCAAGUCUAUCACAUCUCCAGGAUCGGAGCAUGCUUGCUAAUACGAUUUUCAGNUAUGACCUUACCAAGUUUGCCUCCCAAAACGCAACCAGCAUCGACCACACCGAUCCCUCCGUCAACACCGUGCUCACCGCCAAAUCUCGCGACCCCAACACCCCUCUCGCCGACUUCCUCUGGUUCGGUCCAAGAUGGGACGUGGCAUCCAAUACCUUCCGCCUGCCCUACUUCCACAGAAACUCUGCUUCCGAAUUCUUGGCCUGUUUAUACGGCGAAGGUCUCGGAAGAAGCGACGAUUUCCAACCUGGCGGCGGUAGUUUCGAGGGCGGCCACACACCACAUGGUGGAUUUUCGGAUGCCUAUGUGGAUGAGAUGCGCAUUCAGCAGAGCGAGCCGAGGAAGAUUCUGGAGGGCCAGAUGACUAUUAUGGUGGAGAGUUCGAGGACUUUCCUCUGGACUGAGUAUGCGAGGAUUGGGUGUGGUACUAUCAACACGCGUGGAACGGAUCCUAAGGUUUGGGAUACCUUGCCUGAUCGCUUUUCUAACAACCCUGAGGCUCAGGCGCUGCUGAAGAGGGUCAAGGAGGAUAAGAAGCUGAUGGAGGAGAGGAGCAAGGUUUACUACGAUGAUGCAGCGCUCAAGGAGUUGCUGCACGGCAAGACAAACGGGCAC